AUGGACAAGUACCGCCGCGGACCGAAGAAAGCCGAAGACCAAGAUGGCGAGGCGCUUCCAAACGAAGUCCGGAUCACCAAGUUUGGAAAAGUUCAUGGGUAUGUGUCGUAUGCAACGAACAUGCUCAUGUCGGGGGACAAGACGGCGGGGACAUCCGGCGACAUUGUGUUGAAAGCGAUGGGGGGAACCAUCAACAAAGCUGUCACGGUGGCGGAGAUACUGAAACACCGCAUCCCUAACAUGCACACGGUCACGAAUAUUUUCUCCGUGGAAACCGAAGACGUGUACGAGCCGCUUGAAGAAGGCCUUGACAUUGUCAAGACGAUUCGCCGCAUCCCUGGGAUCAAGAUUCAGUUGGCAUUGAACGUAUCCUUGGUCAACUUGAGCUCCCCUGGGUACCAGAAACCGAUUCCCCUCGAUCAAAUGACCGACACACUCGUGGGGGCGGUCGUGGUGGGCGAAAGCCGCGUGGUACCGCUCGCGGUGGACGCGGUGGCCGUGGAGGGCGAAGUGGAGAUGCUGCUGUGGAAGGCGAAUCAACAGCCAUGGAUGGUGCUGCGACUUCUGGUGAUAACGAAACACGACCGGUUCGUAAGGAGCGUCAUGGUCGUCCAAAGUCUAGCCCGGCGCCAAACUCGAGUCCUGCGCCAAACUUGCCAAGUGCGCCUACAAGUGAUGUUGUGGUUGCAACCGAAGCAUCUGAGGAAGGCAACGCUGGUCGAGGUUCACGUGGUGGUCGUGGUCGUGGCGGCCGUGGUCGAGGUCGUGGCCGACGUCCAGCGGAAGAAGGUGAAGCAAAAGAGCAGUCGGAUCAAGGUGGUCGCGGCGGUGCCCGUAGUGCCAAUCAACGUCGUAGCCCUGCACCGGCUGGAGAUACCGUGGAAGCUAUCAGCACUGGCGCAGCCAUCGUUGAUGAUGUCCGCGACAAAGACUCCGCUCCUUCUCGUGCACGUACGGCGCUGA